AUGAGUAAAAUUGCAAAAAAAUUGGGUGUCCACAAAACAAAAGUGGCAAAAACAAUUCAAAGAUAUGAACAAACAGGUUCAAUCAAUGACCAUCAACGUUUUAGAAGAGAAAAAAAGAUUCAUGAAAGAGAUGAACUUUUAUUAUGUUUCAAAUUUUUGAAUGGUGAGCUGAAGAAUGUAAAAUUAACAGUGGUUUGGUAUUAUUCAACAACUGGCCACACCAGAUUAGACUGGUUAGUUAGAAACGUAGGCUCAUGGGGAACAUUCAAAAAAUUAGGUAAAUUCAUUUGUUAA